AAUACUCCUGUUCAAAGUCCCAUCAAGAUCGAGUCCUGCUGUCUCUUUAUUUUUUUAAUUCGUCUUUCCGGAUUGUAUACAUAAUGUUUUAGAAAAACCCCUGCAAGAGAUACCCGAUCGACAGAGAGAUGCUGUUUCCUUGUUGUCCUGGAGUGUGUCUCCAGAAAACAUUGGUUCUGAUAGGAUCCAGAAAGGAGAAGUCCAUUUGAUACCCACAGAAGCAUUGGCUGAGCUUGAAAUGCUUCCAUGAGUUAACACUGGGCCUGGAUCCACCCACCCUUCAUUCCCUGCAGCCAAGGAAUCUGCAGCUGAACAAUGGGUCAAAAAAUCUCAGGGAGCAUAAAGUCUGUUGAUGUUCGAGAGCCCCCUUAUCGACCCGUCAAACGAGAACUGAGGGGGCCCGAUUUCUGCAAGCCGGCACGGCUGGAUAUGUUGUUGGAUAUGCCCCCGGCCCGUUUGGAGAUCCAAUAUAAACAUGCUUGGAACAAUGAAGAUCGGUCCUUAAAUAUAUUUGUGAAAGAAGAUGACAGACUCACUUUUCAUAGACAUCCGGUGGCUCAAAGCACAGACUGCAUACGGGGGAAAGUGGGCUACACCAGGGGCCUGCACGUUUGGCAAAUUCACUGGCCCACGAGGCAGCGAGGAACUCAUGCCGUGGUCGGAGUGUCAACAGCAGAAGCUCCUUUGCAUUCUGUAGGAUAUACCUCAUUGGUUGGUAGCAAUAGUGAGUCAUGGGGCUGGGACCUUGGACGUAACAAACUUUACCACAACUGUAAAAACCAGCCCGGGGUGACCUAUCCUGUGUUUUUAGAACCAGACGAGUCUUUUGUACUUCCUGACUCCUUACUGGUAGUUUUAGAUAUGGAUGAAGGGACGCUUAGCUUCAUUGUGGAUGGACAGUACCUUGGAGUGGCCUUCAGGGGGCUUAAAGGGAAAAAACUCUAUCCUAUAGUCAGUGCAGUCUGGGGGCACUGUGAAAUUACAAUGAGAUACAUCAACGGACUCGAUCCGGAGCCCCUGCCUUUAAUGGACCUGUGCCGAAGAUCAAUUCGCUUCGCUCUGGGCAGAGAACGCCUGCAUGAUAUAGAAACUCUACCCUUGCCUCAGUCUCUGAAAAAUUAUUUACAAUAUCAGUAAUAUGAUUCUAGAUCUCUCAAUGGUAGAAAUUGUUUACAUCAGAAUAUAAAUCUUCGUGGUGGAUAUUUUGAGUGUUAUUUAACUUUUUUUUGUUACACUUUUUUUAAAAAAUCAACCAUGGCAGAACAUUAUGGAGACUACUAUGGAAUGUGAAAGCUCAUUGAACUGGUUCGGUUCUUUCAGUGAAAACAAUUGUUGCCUACACUGUUAGCAGCCUUGUUAUGCAGAAUCCAAAGUAUGUCUUCAGAAGGCAGACCCAAAGUCAAGGUGCAGAUCUGACACUGGAUGUGCAUCACAUGAAAAGAUAAUCCUCAUAAGCAGCCCCUAUGGAAGGGGGACAGAUAUAUUUUUUGUACAGGUUACUGUAUGGCUAGAAAAAGAAAUGGCCACUGUUUGAAUGUUUCUCAAGCACCAAGAUAGUAACUCCGCAUGGAGAUAUCACUAGUAGACAAGGCAAGGUGUUGCAGUUCCUGUACAUAUCAGCUGUGAACCAAAGUUCUUUACAGAUAAGCUCAAUGCAGAAAUUUGCCCACUUGCAUGCAGGACUAAAACUGGGGAAAUCACCAUACACAUAGGGGGCCUGUGGUCAGGAAUACAGCCUGUAUUCCUGACCGCAGCAGCUCUGUCACAUGGUUACAGAGUCAUACAGCUCUAGCAUUCUUCUGCAUGCAUAAUGACAUGGGGGAAGAGCUACUUGUGCAUCGAUUACUCUGUCCCAGUUUUCGCUCUGCCCACAAGGAGCUGAAUAACUGACUAGGGCUUUAGGGGCUGCUUGCUCUCUUUUUUGAAGAGAGACACUCUUGUACAUACACCAGAUUCCUAUGUGUACUGUUGAAGGGAAUAGGAAAGGAACCCUUAUGCACAUGGAGCAUUGGAGCUGCAUCAGGACUGCUAGAUUGUGGCCUUUACUUUGAGGUGCUCAGCUUUUUCAGAAAACCUUUUUUUUUGAUACACCACCUGCCAUUUUUUAAAUUAUAUCUUAGAAUGGCUGUGUCUUGAUUUUUGAAGGUAGUUGAACCUCCGCCUUUCCAAAGGAACUGAGGUCAGUCUGCCAAACAGUUAAGUCAACAUACUUUCUUGAGCUGGUUUUUUUUCCCCUCCCCUUUAGCAGGAUGACAUUUGCUCAAGUCAGUGUUCUGUAGCUUAACCUGUCGCUGAUUAGGCUACAUAUCCAUUCCUUUUCAGUAUUUCCAUACUCUGUCAUAUUGCAUCAGUUAUGAAUUUUGAACAGAUUUUGUUAUAUGUCCCACAUUACUUCCAAAUAUUGAUUUUAAAAAUAAAAUAAAAUAUGUAUGUGAUAUGAGCAGUGUUCAUGUAAAGCUUUCCACACAUUCAUAUCUGCAUGCAUCAAGAUUCUCAGGGUUGCACAAGCUGGAGCUAGUCUGCUGCUGGAGCUGUGUGCCACCCCCUCUUAUCCAUGAUGAGUGUCCAAAAACUGUGGAGGAGUAAGUGCCCAACAUGUGCUAAUGUACAGAGCUCCUAAGCCGAAAGGGGCACCUUGUUUGAGAUGGUGUUUCCUUGAGUGUAGGAGCUUUCCACACAUAUAUUUUGUGCACUUGAAGAACUCAAUCUCACAAAUAUCUAUUGGGCAUUAAUCUGUGGAGGGGUUCAGGCAGUGGAUAUGGUAAGUCCAUAAAGCCAUCUCCAAGUGAUCUUUCAGUACACAGAAGGGUCGUGCUUUGUUUACCUGCUCAAGUUCUGUAGAGCAUACCAUAUUUUUCAUUUUCUCUCUGAAAGGGGGUGGGGGGAGUGGUUGCUCCCUUCAUUGCUUACAAUGUCUAUCCAUUCAUCAGGAUCAACUUAUUUUUAAAGACACUGCUUGUCUUUUUUUGCUCCAUUUCUUGCUAUGUGCAAAGUUCUCUGCCUGAUCAGUUACCUAGUUUUUAACUGGAAGUUGUAAUGGCAGUAUGUCGAAUGUUUAGACUGAGCUGCCUUCAGCAUAUUUUAAUGUGAAUUUACCGAAGAAUGAAGAAGUUUCUAAUAAAGUCUACUGUCGAAA